UCAUGUAAAGGAUGAUCGUCUAUGCCCGUGCUCAAACAUAGGUUGCGCUGCGUGUUUCCGCAACUGUCCUUUUGCUGUGUUUUGCUGGCGGCACGAUAAUCAACGAAAAUGACAGAAGGAGCAGUUACAAUCAGAACCAGGAAAUUCAUGAGCAAUCGGCUAUUAUGCCGAAAACAAAUGGUCGUGGAUGUAUACCAUCCUGGUCACCCGUCCGUCCGAAAAACGGAAAUUCGGGAAAAACUAGCCAAAAUGUACAAAGUCACACCUGAUGUAGUGUUUGUAUAUGGCUUUCAAACCAACUUCGGUGGUGGUAAAUCCACUGGGUUUGCACUAGUCUACGAUACGUUAGACUUUGCAAAAAAAUUUGAACCUAAAUAUAGGUUAGCCAGGCAUGGACUGUUUGAAAAACAGAAGCAAACAAGGAAACAACGCAAAGAACGGAAAAACAGAAUGAAGAAAGUAAGAGGUACAAAGAAGAGUAAAGUAGGAGCUGCGUCUAAAAAGGGAAGGAAGUAGUCAAAUGAUCGUCAUUUGUACUACAAACCUCAAGAGGGAACUUAAUUAUGAUGCUCACACAUGUAAAACUACAAGGCAUCAUGAAGGCCACGAUUUGUUCUACAUGGUCGUAAAAAUUAUUAUAAUAAUUUAAUAUCAUAGAUAAUUAUGAUAAGUUUUACGGAAUAAACGUGCAUUCUUCUUGGUGAGAAAAA